GUCUCCUCUCUCUUGUCUCAUUUCUCACGCGUAGCAACCCUAAAUUGCCGACGCCCCGCCUUCUUCGACAGCGCGCAAGCUUCCCGAUCUGGCCACGCCGGAGCGCCUCCGACGUCGUUUUCCGAUUCAUCAGGAGUUGAGGGGGAUUGUUCAGAUCGGAUUUGAAGAUGUUGGAAGAGCUGUUGAUAUUUACGCGAGGUGGGUUGAUCCUAUGGGAGCUCGGCAAGGCGCUUAAGGGCUCCCCCAUCGAUGCCCUCAUCCGUUCCUGCCUCCUUGAGGAGCGAUCCGCCGACGAUGCCUUCCACUACGAUGUUCCUGCCGGCGGCGCAGCCUAUACGCUAAAGUGGGCGUUCGAUAACGACCUUGGUCUCGUUUUCGUCGCUGUCUACCAGCGCAUCCUCCACCUACUUUACGUCGAUGAUCUUCUCGCCGCCGUCCGUCGCGAGUUUUCUCAGAUAUACGACCCCAAGCGCAUAACUUAUGAUGAUUUCAAUGAGACCUUCCGCCAGCUUCAGAAGGAAGCAGAGGCCCGUGCUGAGGAGAUGCGCAAGUCCAAACAGGCUGGUCGGGCCUCUACCAUGGCUCCUGUGAAGAAACAAACCCCUAAUGGUGCUGCCAGAGGAUCUGGGAAACAACGGAAUAACAACAGUGGUGGCUCUGGGAAGGACGACUCUGAUGGCGAUUCAGGUGAGGGACGUUCUUUAGCUAAUGGUGGUUUGAAAGGGCAAGGGAAUGGACAUAAGGAGAAAUCUCAAGCCCCAAACCUUUUUGCAAAGGGAAAAGAGAAUGGAGCCCCUGAAGCUGGGGCCUUUGAUGUAAAUAAGUUACAAAAAUUGAGAGCCAAAGGUGGAAAGAAAACAGAUACUAGUGCUGGCGGUAAGGUUACAAAGGCUGAGCCAAAGAAAAUUGUGAAAAAAAAUAGGGUUUGGGAUGAUUCACCUUCCGAGUCAAAGCUGGAUUUCACAGAUCCCACGAAUGAGAGAGGAGAUAUACCUAUUGAAGCUGCAGCAGCAGAUCAGGGAGAGAGCAUGAUGGAUAAGGAGGAACUUGUAAGCAGUGAUGAGGAUGAGGAUGAUGAGGAAGUGGAGAAUGAGAAAACUAGCACCAAGAAAAAAGGCUGGUUUUCAUCUAUGAUCCAAAGCAUUUCUGGCAAUGCUGUUCUAGAAAAAUCUAAUUUGCAACCAGCAUUGAAAGCCCUCAAAGAUCGUCUGAUGACUAAAAAUGUGGCUGAGGAAAUUGCUGAAAAGCUAUGUGAAUCAGUAGCAGCUAGUCUUGAAGGAAAAAAGCUGGGCUCAUUUACAAGAGUUUCUACCACAGUCCAGGCAGCUAUGGAAGAGGCUCUUCUUCGCAUUCUAACGCCAAAACGAUCCAUUGAUAUAUUGCGAGAUGUUCAUGUGGCUAAGGAGCAAGGAAGACCUUAUGUUGUGGUUUUUGUUGGUGUCAAUGGAGUUGGAAAAUCUACUAAUCUAUCUAAAGUUGCAUACUGGCUUUUGCAACAUAACAUUUCUGUUAUGCUAGCGGCCUGCGAUACAUUUAGGUCAGGUGCUGUUGAACAGCUUCGCACACAUGCACGCAGACUCCAGAUACCUAUAUUUGAGAAAGGCUAUGAAAAAGAUCCUGCAGUCGUAGCAAAGGAAGCCAUCCAGGAAGCUAAACGGAACAGUUCAGAUGUGGUGCUUGUUGAUACAGCUGGUCGCAUGCAGGAUAAUGAGCCGCUGAUGAGAGCACUCUCUAAACUCAUCAAUCUCAACAGCCCAGACCUAGUUCUUUUUGUCGGAGAGGCUCUGGUUGGAAAUGAUGCGGUGGAUCAAUUAACAAAAUUCGACCAGAAAUUAGCUGACCUCUCCACAGUUCCGAAUGCCAGGCUGAUUGAUGGCAUCCUGCUCACCAAGUUUGAUACUAUCGAUGAUAAAGUUGGAGCAGCUCUUUCCAUGGUUUAUGUUUCAGGAGCUCCAGUGAUGUUUGUUGGCUGUGGUCAGUCUUACACAGACCUGAAGAAGCUCAACGUGAAGUCCAUUGUGAAAACUCUUCUGAAGUGAAUGUAAUUUGUGCGUUCUCCCCAUCAAUGUUUGCUACUGUGUCUUAACUCAAUGUACCCCCCUGUGACCUCAUUCUCGACUUUGGAAGCAAUGAAUCAUGAAUGCUUUGAUCCGUUA